CAAAAACAAAAACAAUCGCUUCUACCCCAUACAUUAAUUGAUUGAACAAAGAAAGAUUGACUCAUUUUUGCAAAUUUAUAAGGAAAGUUCUGAUAAACUAAUUAAAAUUAAAAAGUCUUACUAAAAUAUACUUUAAAUUAAUAUAAAUAAAUCAAAAUUUGUUCAAUUAAAAAUGAAAACGAUUUGCUCUUAUAGUGGAGGAGAGCAUUGAUUUUUUCUCUUUUCCGAAGUAAAAAUGUAAAACUUUUUUUAAAGAAUCGAUGUGAAAAAUGUCAAAAUUUCUGGAAAUUAUCAACUGGCUAACAAGCUUAUUGCUAACAGUCUGGUUAAAUUGCAGCGUAGCUAAUGAUGUCACGCCCCAGGUUUUUGGUGAAGUGCGUGAAGGCAUUGUAGCUGCCUUUGGCGAUUUCAAUUCCGAUGAAUUAACUGAUGUGUUUCUAAUACGCAAUAAUAUGCAAGUGUUAGAGAUUUUAUAUGGAGCGGACACUGAACCGUUUCUUCGGCCUUCAAAUUUUUAUUGUAGUUAUAAAAAAUAUAUAAUCACUAGUGUCGUACCUGGCGACUAUGACGGCGACGCCUUAAUGGAUGUUUUGGUUACUGUAAAAGAAAAAGGCUCAAAGAAUGAUGUGCAUAAUGUAUACAUACAUUGGGGUGAUUCGGACGGACUUAAUUGUACUGACGAACGACAUGAACCUCUUUUAAAAACUAAAGGCGAACCUUUGGCCAUAGAUUAUAAUCGUGACAUGAUUAUUGAUUUGUAUGGUGUUAGAGAAAAUAACGCCCGAACCUUUUGGAUUUUUAAUAAAACACGUGAACCUCCCCUUCAGAUUAGUCAAGCCGAACCAAUAUAUGAAACGUCUACAACAAGUGAAAUGCGUAUACCUAACGCAAACGCUUAUCUAGAUAUAAAUGGGGAUUUUAUAGCCGAUUUGUUGGUGCAAACAGACAAGCACUAUGAAGUAUGGCAUGGUCGCAAUGGCGCCGAUCCAGAGGAAAAGCAAGGCUUUACUUUCAACCGUACUAUAGAUCUGCCAAUAGUUGGGUCCAAACCCAUUUGGGGUCAGGCUGUAUUUUCCGAUUUUGAAUUGGAGGGCGUGGAAAAUGUCAUAUUGCCUAUAUGUUUUCAAGAUUGUGCUAACUCUACAAUAUUAGUGCAUGAUGGCAAAAGUUUUCGUGAUAUACAUGUGAAUUUCAAGGAUCCCCAAGCUGUAUCAUGGGGAUUUGUCCCACCGCAGGAAAAUGACGUUUAUUUAAAAACUAUAACCGCAAGAAGUGGUGAUUUUAAUAUGGAUGGUUAUCCAGAUUUAAUAAUGACCUUGCAAACAUUUGGAGCUACACAUAAAAGACAAACUUUUCUUUUGGAGAAUGUACCCUGUAAGAUGUGUAAUUCCCCGUUGAAACGUACUUACGAGGUGAAAUGGAAUGCUCUAAGUCCUCUAGGAGAGAACACAGUAGCGGGAGCUUUUUACGACUUUUAUCAAGACGGAGUCUUGGAUGUCAUACUAAUAGAAAAAUCCAAUACUGGUAAUUAUCGACCUUUAGCAUUCCGCAACACUUUGGAUUAUGAUGCCAAUUUUGUAAAAGUUAUUGUACUUACCAGUCUAACUAAUAAAAAAAAUCCCACUAUGCGGACAGCAUUAGGCCGAAAGAAACGUACAUACGGAACUAAUUUACCAGGACCACGUAUAACGUAUUUCACUACUACACAGGAAGGCGAUUUUCAACGUGGUUCUUCUGUUCAACUACCGCAAUCCUCUUAUUUUGCUUUACAAUUGCCAUAUACCAUAUUCGGUUUGGGUCGUACACCGAAUUUUGUUGAUUCGCUAACUGUGGGAUUAGGUUCAAAAUCACGUACUUGGACUCAAUUGAUACCUAAUUCACAAAUUAUUGUAGUACCGAAACCUUUAGAAGAUCCACAACGCUGGAAAGCUCAAUUGUUUGUAACACCCAGUAAACUGAUAUUGAUGAGCGUCGUGGCCUUGGGUGGUACUUGCCUGGUUAUCAUUUUGAUUAUACUAGUGUUAUAUAUUAAAGAGAAACGUGAAGAUAAACAAGAGAAAUUACAAGAAGCACAUCGUUUUCACUUCGAUGCCAUGUAAGACUUGAAAUUCGACGGCAAGUAUUAAAAAAGCUUUCGUUAGUAAUUAAGAAAAAAUUUUGUUUAAAGAAGGGCUCUUGUGUUUUAUGCAUGAAAUAAAUAUAA